AUGAAUGAAGCAAAGAAAUCUUCCAUUUGUCAACGGCUGAAGCUUAAAGCUUUAAUAAUCAAGAGCGCACCUAAUCUCACAAUUCCAUUUAAUUGCUUGUAUUUACUGAAGCCUAAACAAAUUACUUGUUACGAAAGAAGUUUAUGGAGCAGGAAUCUUAAAAAAAGACGAUUUCCUGCAGCUUUAUCAGCAGAAGAUGAAGCUGAAUUUUAA